GAUGGAGACAGGUGAUAAGGAGGAGACCAAAUGAGUUUGAGAUAGUUAGAGUUUGAGAUAGAACUCACCGUGAGCAGGUGAUAAGGGUGAGGAGGAAAAGGUGCUGGAGAGGGCAGGGCUAACCUGGGAGAGUGACAAAGCAGACACAAGGAAAGAGACGCAACAGAAGAGAGAGAUUGACAGAUAGAGAAGUUAGGAAAGUGGGAGAGGCCAAUUGUCACACGCUGGGGUUAUAAUACAAUGGAGGGUGGUAGACGAUCGUUAAUAUCAAAAGUGUGAUUCUAGUACUGCUUCUCGUGAGGAGGGGCACUACAGAAGCGUUGGAUGCUGAGGACCUAAUGCCAUUACACAUCAUUGAGACUCAGCCGUACACAGGGAGCAUGCCACGAUGUCAUCCUACUCUGAUGCCGAUAAUCAGUGUCAACCGGGGAACACCAUCUGUGAGAUCACAGUGUAUGAACAGGAAGUGAUCAUCGUGCCUGUCCUGCUCCUAGCAAGCUUCCUGGUCAGUCUGCUAAUCGUUCUCCUGCUGAGGUACUGCACUGGAAAGGAAAACCGCAGACGACCCACAGUAAUCCUAGCCCGACCACACUGCACCAGCAUGGCGAGCAGACACACCCAGAGGAAAAGUACCAGACGGAACAUACAGGGCAUUGAGGCUCCUCCUGAGCUGAACCCUCUGGAGCAUGAGGAGUUACCUAUGAGCACUCCGACCCGGCGUGACGCCCUUGCCACGACGCCCAGAGAGAGACAGCAUGGCUCUUUCAACCUGGUCACUCCGCUGCCCCUCUCCUUCCCCGUCAAACCGGACGACUCUGUCACCCUCUACAGGGCAAGGAUGGACAACAGAGACGUGGUUCUACGGACACUUAAAGAAAAAGCCGAUGACAGCGAGCGGCAGUCCUUCCUGGGCUUUGCCUCCUUCCUGUCUGAGCUGGGGCCCCACCCCUUUUUGCCUGGUCUGAUGGGCGUGGUCUCCCUACGUACCUCCCUCAUCACCGUGAUGGAGGAACUGGUGCACAGGGACCUGCUGGGGUUCCUAUGGAGGUGUCGACAGGACACGGGUGUGGAGUCCCCGUGUGAUAUCACAGAGCAGCGCAUCUUCACCAUAGGAGGACAAGUGGCUUCUGCUCUGGAAUACCUGCACGGUCAGAGCUGUAUCCAUGGCAACGUUGGAGCUCGGAGCGUGCUGGUUGGUCUAGACCUAACGGCUAAACUGUGGGGAUUGGGUCCAGCAUACUGUAAGAAAACACAAGCAGGAGCUCCAGGAGAACUGCAGAACGUUGAGAUGAGGAAGUGGCAGGCUCCAGAAGUAUUGGCAAGGAGACCUGUCAGUCAAAGCAGUGACGUCUGGUCUUUUGGUAUCCUGCUCCAUGAAAUAGUGACACUAGGUGACCCACCAUUCCCUAAAAUCAUGGCCGGUGAUCUUCUUCAAUACCUCCAGAGAGGAAAGACUCAGACGAGACCAGCUAAUUGUUCCAACUCACUGUAUUCCAUAAUCAAGUCCUGCGGCCAGUUCGCUCCACAGGAGCGCCCUGCAUUGGCUGAGGUGAUCCAGAAGCUCCAAUCAGGAGAGAAGAGUGCCAACAGUAGGACAGUUCUUCGAGUGCCUGAGCCACUGGACAUUGAGAAGUACCUGCGGGAGGCGGGAUAUGGAGAGGCCUACAAUUACGUUGUUCUCUGAUUGGCUCCUGCGAUGGUCGUUUAAAUCAAGGUCUACAUUACGUUCAGUGUUGCUUUUCUCACAUUAUCAUGAAGACUGUUGGGAGAGCGUUUUAAAUGUCAAAACAGCACGACUAGUUUAUCUUUAGGUCCCUUACUAUGCUCAAUACAACGUAAGAGACUGAUGAAACACUCGGAUAUUAACACAUACAGCAUUCGGAAUGUAUUCAGACCCCUUGACUUUUUCCACAUUUUGUUACAUUAUAGCCUUAUUCUAAAAUGGAUUACUUUUUUUUAAUCCUCAGCAAUCUACGCACAAUACCCCAUAAUGACAAAGA